UCCCUCCACUGGCUGUGAUCGGCGCUGCGCGCACCGAGCAGGGCGCACGGAGUAGGAAGCGCCAGCAAAGACGCGCGACUUUGGUGCGUUUGGGAAACAAAAAGCGGGCGGGCGAGAAAGCGCGUACCCGCCUCCCUCCCGGGAGAGCCGUGCCUUUAAAUGCUGGGGGCUGAGCGCUCGCCGGGGACUCCAGCGCCCGCCUCGCUCUCUCCAGCCACCCGCUCCGGCUCCCGCUUGUUGCUCAGGCCGGCUGGCGAGGCGGGCGCGCGGCGCGCAGCCGGAGCGCACAGCGCGGCGACCAUGAGCCACCUGCGGCCGGGCUGAGCUGGAGGGGGGAAGCCACAACCCUCUGUUGGCUGUUGCUCCCCCCCAAGGGGGGACGAAUAAAAUCCCUCCAGCCUCCAGGAACCAGGCGGAUUAACCGGCUCCCCAGGAGCCUCGCAGCAGCGCCGUCGCUUGCAGGCAUGGGGAACCAAGUGGAGAAGCUGACGCACUUAAACUACAAGGAGGUUCCCACCACAGACCCGACGGGCAUGGAUAGGGAUGAGGGCCCCCGGAUUGGGGUCUCCUACAUAUUUUCUAACGACGACGACGAUGUGGAGCCUCAGCACGACUCCGUGGCGCCCGACCUUGGUGGAGAGCACCCCACGUCUCAGCCGUACGACCCCCGGCUUCACGAAGUGGAAUGUUCCAUCUAUUACCGCGACGAGUGCAUAUACCAGAAAAGCUUCUCUGGAGAUGCGCCGAUGUCCGACGGGGUGGAAGGAGGAGGAGGAGGAGGGGGCCACCUGGCCACCUACACCCCAGAAAACCUUUUGAACCGGUGCAAACCUGGGGACGUGGUGGAGUUUGUCUGCCAGGCCCAGUACCCUCACUGGGUGGUCUACGUUGGGGAUUUCCAAGUUGUGCACCUGCACAGGUUGGAGGUAGUAAACAGCUUUCUGACCGACGCCAGCCAGGGCAGGCGGGGACGUAUUGCUAACCAGCUGUACCACUACAAGCCGCUGAGCCCGGCCACGGUGGUGCGGAACGCCCUGGACCAGGUGGGCUGCAAGGACCGGGACCUCAGCUGGAGGAACUCGGAGUGCUUUGCCGCCUGGUGCCGCUACGGCAAGCGCGAGUUCAAAAUUGGCGGCGAGCUGCGGAUAGGCAAGCAGCCCUACCGCUUGCAGAUCCAGCUGGGGGAGAAGCGCAGCCACACCCUGGAAUUCCAGAGUCUGGAGGACCUCAUCAUGGAGAAGCGGAGGAACGACCAGAUCGGGAAGGUGGCCGUCCUCCAAGAACUGUCCAGCCACCUGCAGCCGGCCGAAGACACCGACGGCAAGGAUCCUGGGGCCCAGACAGCCAACGAGUAAGCGGGGCUUGCACCGCUGGGCCCAGCCUGGGUGAUGGAUUAAAACUGAAGGCGGAGAAACUGAGCUGUUAUAAGCCCCUUUGGGCUGCUUCAGGGCGGCUUCACUCCAAUCACAUGUGAAGGGAAGUGUGUGUGGGGGGGGAAGCUGAUUAAGUGUCUGUGCUUUAGCACUUAACUCCUUCCGCGCUUGGUAGAACCAGCAACUUUACUUUUUUAUUUUGUUUUGUUUUUUGGUCAAGGGUUAAAACUCAGGGAGAUCUUCCUUCCUCUCUGUUCUGGCGCGGUUUUCUCUCCCCCAGCUGGCUCCAAGUCUGUGCUUUUAGCUCCUGCAGCUUUAAAUUUGGGUGAAGUCCAGUGGCUCUGGGCUACAUGAUUAAAAUGCGGAGCCGGAAAGUCCCCCUCUGCUGUCUGUUUUCCCCCUCCUUCACCUCCUAGUUUGCAUUGGCAUUUCUGGAAUCCAUUUCAGUCCUGGCCUCCCCAACCUCCCCUGCCCCCAUCCCUCCAAGGAUCUAAUGGCUAAAUCACUGUUAACGCGUAGAAUGGGGUUGUUGGCCUGUUUGCAUUGGCUCCUUAAUAAAGAGAAGUCAGCCUUUGGAAGGCUGUGGGAUGGAGGCUCCUGGGUCGCCUCUGUGGCAUCUCUGAAAGGAGCCCUUGUUAUUAGACUCCUGCUCCCAUCAUCCCUGCCCAUUGGCCGUGUUGGCUGGGGGACGAUGGGUGUUGGAGUCCUGCAACACCUAGAGGGCUACAGGUUCCGCAUCCCUGGUGUAGGAGGACAGUUGCAACUUCUUUUCACUUUUAACCGACGAGCCUAAAAUACGUUGGCAGAAAGUUGGCUGCUCUUUCCUGGUAGCACGGCAGAUUUCCUUCGGGUGCUACUGAAAUGGUUGGCAAAGCUUUCCCUUGAAUUCUGUUGAGCCAUAUGACCCACUUUCAAUAUAUCUCAUGGGCCAGUUUUCUUUUGGGGGGGCAAUCAUACUAUUUUGGUUGCAGUGGGAGAAGGAUUAAAUCCACGUGGCACCAUUGGGAUGUGAAUUGGCUUCAUAGCCACAUAAUGUUUGGGCACAUCUAUGUUAUUGCAGAAUGUGAAUUAAUUCUACACAAUUUAAUUGCACACUAGGAACUGAUAGCUCCCCCCUUUUUUUAAGGUCUCUGGGUCCAAAAUUUCUGGGUUUGCAUGACAGUUGGCUUGGAGGGCAGACAUAUCCUGAUUUAAUUGCUUUUGGAGAUCAGGUUCUUAGUGAUUUGGAAGAAACUGGUUGUCUCGGUCAGUUUGUAUUGUAAUUUGGUUUGCUUACGAAAUUGAUUUCAGGAUCCCAGGAAAACUGUUUCUGAAAGGUUGGGGUUUUUUCACCCUUCCCCUUUGCACCUCAGUAAGAUCUGCAGAUUCUGGAAAGCCCUCUCCCUUUCUGAGUAGCGGUUUGGCAGUAGACUAGGCUUAUCUCUUGCCUGAAGUUAUGGUGGGUUUUCAAGCUGUGUUCUGGCUUCACCUGCUGCACGUUGAUUCCUCCGGAAGCCUUUUUAAGUUCAUCCCCAUGUGCCGCUGUGCCACAACGAUAUUGUUGGGGGAAGAAAGAGGGAGCAAUUGUUCUCCUUUUGGUGAUAGAUCUGAUUUUUAAAAGCCAUUUUGACUCAUCAAGGGAUCCUAGUUGCAGAAGGAGAGAGAUGCAAAGCCUUCCUUUGUAGUGGCUUGCUAGUGCAGGGUAACAAUUGAAUUGGCCCUGUUUUUUGAAAGCUCUUUUCACUUCAAUGGGGUUUAUGUAAGAGCCAUGCUUGAUGGGUUGUUUUCUGCCUGAGAAUUGCAUCCCACUUCCUAGCAUUCGGAGAACACAACAGCGUCCUUCACACAAAUGGGGCGAGGAAGAGAGAGCUUAUUUCUUGAAUGAGCCACCGGAUUGACUUGAGGUAGUAAGAAUUAGUACUGUAGUUGAAAGCAAAGUGUUUUCAAUGCAAUUAAGCAGAAUAUAAAGUAUAUUCCCCCCUCCCCCUUUCUUACAGCUUGCAGUUCUCUACUACUUGACACAGAAAAUGAUUCCCUUCCCUGCUGUCCGUUGCAAGAUUGGAUGACAUGUAAUCAGAGAGAGUGGGCUGUACUCCUUAUGAAACAUACUUUGGGACAUUCCCAUGGGAGUUAGCAGGUCUGUUCCAGGACAAGCAACCUGUGGAUUGUGAGUAGUUUGGAAGGCAAAGGAAUUUCAAGUUGGAUUCCGUUGUUGUGACUCUGAAGUUAAGGAAACUGUAGCACAUAGGAAACGGUUUCUUAGCUUCCCCUAACACUUUCUGUCUUUUUCUUGGGAUACACUGUUCUGUUGCGGUGCAACUAGGUAAACCCACAAGCCAGAUCAUUUGUCUUAAACCAACGUAAUAUGGCGCCCUGAAAGCCGUUUUCAACAGUAAUCCCGAAGUGGCUUGCUCUGAAGUCUUCAAACCUGAAGUUAGUGGUGCACCUCAAAGAGGACAGCAGGUUGUACAUUCAACAGAAAAAAGUGGUAGAGGCUUUCCAGGGCUGUACCACUUUAGGCUGCAGGUGUAGGGGGUGAGUCACAUGAUUGGAUGCUCAUCUUCCCAGAACAAACACAAACCUUCCCUUAGCGUAGAAGACGCAUGCCGCAAAUGUUCAUAUUAUAAUUUUCUCUGUGUCGUAAACAGAGUCUCAUCCAAUGUGGCACUCAAGAUAUGUGGUUGCCAGCCCCCCAUACUUUGAAAUAGUACAGUCCAGGAAAACAAAGUCGCUGCUUCAUUCUGCUGAAUGUAGAACUCCCCAGAAACUUGCAGCGCUUGUCUGAUUCUUGCACCCCAAGCAAACCCACACUUGAUUUGGUUUACCUGGGUUGUGGGCUGCUGCAUCACUGUUUGUUUUUGGGUGGAGGGAUAGCAAUGCUAUUGUUUCACCAACCAGUUUCUGAGCUUUUCGUUUUGAGAUGACGGAAAGUUCACGAUAAUUUCUCGAGGAAGCCGCCGGUGUCGGAAAACACGGGCCAGCUUCUGAGUCGUGUGCCCCAGACCAUGCGACCCCCUAAACAGCUGUGCACAAUGCACAAGAUCUGAAGGUGGCAUUGAGGAGCAGGAUGCGGCUCCUGGCAUGCUUCCGAGGCUGUUGUCUGUGCACCUGCCUACGCUGGAAAAAUCCUGCUUCCGGUGAUGUCGUCCCUUUGGUGGGUGUGAGCUGUGGGCUUGGUCUCUGUCCUUGCGAGAUGGAAAUGGCACCUGAGCAUUGGGGGGGGGCACGUCCUAUAUACAUGAGCCACUUAUGAGCACCAAUUGAGUACUUCCUGUCAUUGUGCCCCCCAGAAAUCUGUGGCUUCUUCCCUCCUCCUCCUCCCCCUGUGGAAUAAAAGGUUUUAAGGAUGCCCUAAAAUAGGGCGAUGUCUUCGGAACUGGGCUUGAUGCUGGAGUAGCCAAUGCUUAUCCUGGAACCUGCAUCUUGUUUGACAAGGGGAUGAGUGUGUGAGAGGGGUGGUUUUAACGGGUGAAGCAGUGGGUGGGAAGAGAUGUCUUGUUUCACUGUUUUCCUGCCCCUUGAUCCAUAGACGUGUGUUGUGCAGUGUCGUCUGAAGGAAAACAAUGGGGAGGGAUUGUAGGAGAAAAGCAGCAGGUGGAGGAAGGGUUAAGCCAGGGGUCGGCAGCAUGUGGCCCAUGGGCCAGAUGCGGCCCUUGAAGACUGCUUUACCGGCCCACAAGCCACCCCCUAACCGAACCACUCGCUCGGUGAGUCCCCCGCGCACUGCGCUAAACCGGUGCAGCACGGGGACUCGCCGAGCAGCACCGGAAAUCACAUCUGCGCAUGCACAGAUACCAGAAAUUGUGUCUGCGCAUGUCCAGAUGCCGAAAAUCACUUGGGCAUGCGCAGAAGCGAUUUCUGGCACCGUGGACGUGCGCAGACGUGAUUUCACUCUGCACCAGUCCGGCCCACAGAUGAUCUCCAUGGGAGUGAUCCAGCCAAUGGCCAGUAAACCUUUCUGACCCCUGGGUUAAGCACAUGUUCCUCCUCCCCUUUCCCCUCCAUAGCUUUUCUGGUGGUCACACAUCUGAGUUUUCCCCUGAGAACUUCGCUCUCCCUAUGUUAUGAGGCCUCUGCCCCAAGUCUGCAGAAGGGAGGGUUGUGGCAGAUGGCAACUUCUUCCAGCACUUUGGUGCCACAACAGGUGAGGAAUCAGUACCUGCUGCAAUUCUCCUUUCAUUAAACCACUAUUAAAGGCACAACGGAGCCUUAGCUUCCCGUUAAAUCCUUCAACUGUAUCCUGGCUCCAGAGUCAAUUCUAUAAAGUUAUUAAUGAUUCCGGUCCUCAGUUUUGUGUAGGACGAGAUUUAUUCCACUAUGUAACGAGUGGUUGUAAAAUUAUAUUUUCUUACGCAAGUAUUUUUUUUUAAAGAAAGCCUAUAACGAGAAUAUUUACAUUUCUUGAAAGUUGUAUUAUUUUCACACGCAAAAAAAAGAAAGAAUUAUCCUCCAAAUCGGUUAUUAUUUUUGUCAUUGGUGAUCUAAAAGUAUUUUCUAGGUCAUAAAUCUACUGUAAAAGAAACUAUAGAUGUCAAACAUUGUGAAUCUAUGUAUCUACAAGGUACUAAACUGUAACUUUACUGUGAAAAUUAUUUUCCCCUGUGUGUCCGAAACACUGGAGACGGUUUGGGGGGAGGACCUUUUUCUCAUCAGCUUUUAUUCCCCCACCCCCCAAAAAAACCAUGAUGUGCUUUAUUUGUAAAAGCAAAUACUUAUUCAUUGUUGGACAGCUGCUCAGGUUUAAACAAAACUCAUUUGCUAACUGA